CGGGAAAAGACACCGGCAGGGCUGCGGGGGGGCCAUGGAACAGGGGCGUGGGGCAGGGUCCCUGGCCUCUGCACCAAGAUAGCUCCAAGCCAGAGGGUGCAGGACCAGCUGCUAGGGGUGGGGGAGGAGGAGUCGAGCUCCCUGAGCUGCGGGGGACAGCGGCAGGGGGGGAGAAGACUAGGACCCAGAGCACUCCCGGCCCCCCAGGCGGAGGGCACUGCUUCAGUCGGCCUUGACCUCAGUUGACCCUGAUAGCCCACAUGGGGCGCAGGGUCUAAUUUUAGCUCCAGCCACUAGGCCCACAGCCCAGAAGUGCCCGCCAGUGGGCACAGGGGCGGCCAGGGCUACUCAGGGGCCACUUGGGCAAGGGGAGGAUUGGGGAGGCCAGCCUUGCAUGCUGGCCAAGCCACCUCCUGUGAGAGCCCCCACGGGUCCCCCAUGGCCUGGCAGACUGCCCGCCUCUCCUUUGAGGCCAAGGUCAGGGGGUGCAGCCAGGAGGACAGAAGGACACGGCCUUGCAGUGCGGUCAGGGUUGCAUCAGCUGAGCAGUGCCCAGGGGCAGGGGGCCCUGCUGAGAGGGCAAAGGCUGGCUUGGCUGUCCGAAGGCCAACGAAGCAGAUUCCUGACUGUAGGAAGACAAGGCCAGAAAGCCGGGUCCUACCUGGGCUCCUUGUGCCUGGCUGGUGACCUGCUGUUUGACCUCACACAGGCAGCCUGCUCUCCAUGGGCCUCAGUCUUCCCAUCUACAACAAUGAAGAUGCUGAACUAGAAGGCUGAUUCCAGCUCCACCCACAAGCCCCUGCUCCUGCUUUCCCCUAGCCCUGGCUGCGGGUGGCCACAUGCAGUCGUGGAGAGGCAAGUCCCUCUGGCUGGCACUCUCGGCCUCUUGGCUCCUCGUCCUCCUGAGAGUCUUCCCCCUUCUCCGCCUGGCAGUGCCUGCCAGACCUUGGGCAAGUGCCCCCCAAGGCUGGCCCCGCUGGCUGGAUACAGAGCUCCUGCCGAGUUUCUCCCAGCCUGGCGAACUCCCAGAAGAUGCCCCUCAACCUCCUCAAGCACCCCGUGGUGGCGGCUGCGACUGGGGGGCUUGCUUUGACGCCUCAAAGUGCAGGACUGGUGGUCUCAAGGUAUUCGUGCAUCCGGUGGCUGGACCCAUCUCUGCCGCUCACCGCAAGAUCCUGGCUUCCAUUGAGAGCUCCCACUACCACACGGCCAGCCCUGAGGAGGCCUGCCUCCUCCUCUUCCUCAGCCUGGAAGUCCCAGCUGGAGAGUGCAGCCCAGUGCCCCAGCAAUGGAAUGGGGGAAGGAACCAUCUGGUCCUCGAUCUCCACCCAGCCCCCUGCCCCCAGACCUUCCAGCGGGGACGGGCGAUGGUGGCCAAGGCCAGCCCCACAGUGGACACCUUCCGGCCUGGCUUUGACGUGGCCCUCCCGCUUCUCCCUGAAGCCCACCCAUUGCGAGGUGGGGCACCUGGCCAGCUGCGACAGCACAGCCCCCACCCCGGGGUGCCCCUGCUAGCCCUGGCAGAGGAGAGGGGCGGGUGGCGCACAGCAGGCACUGACCCCUCUGCCUGUCCCUGGGAUGGGCGCUGUGAGCAGAACCGUGGACCCGAGCAGACCCACCCUGGGGGAACGCUACCCAAUGCCACCUUCUGCCUCAUCCCCGGCCACCGUCCUGAUGCCUUGCACUUCCUUCAAGCCCUGCAGGCUGGCUGCAUCCCUGUGCUUCUCAGCCCUCGGUGGGAGCUGCCCUUCUCCGAGGUCAUCGAUUGGACCAAGGCGGCCAUUGUAGCUGAUGAGAGGCUCCCAUUUCAGGUCCUCGCUGCCCUCCAGGAGAUGCCCCUCACGCGGGUCCUUGCCCUGCGUCAGCAGACCCAGUUUCUAUGGGAUGCCUACUUCUCCUCAGUGGAGAAGGUCAUGCAUACCACUCUGGAGAUUAUUCAGGACCGGAUCUUUGGAGCAUCUGCUCACGCCUCGCUACUGUGGAACAGCCCCCCGGGUGCACUCCUGGCCUUGCCCACUUUUUCCACAAGCCCCUCGGACUUCCCCUUCUACCACCUACAACGGGGCUCGCACCCUGUGGGCAGGUUCAGCGCCCUGAUCUGGGUGGGGGCCCCAGGUCAGCCCCCUCUGAAGCUCAUCCAGGCGGUGGCAGGCUCCCAGAACUGUGCCCAGAUCUUGGUUCUCUGGAGCAGUGAGAAACCACCCCCAUCCAGGUGGCCUGAGACAGCAGUGCCCUUGACAGUCAUGGACGGGCAGAGGAAGGUCAGUGACCGCUUCUUCCCGCACAGAGCCAUCAGCACGGAUGCCAUCCUCAGCCUCGAUGGGCACAGCAGUGUUACCACAAGUGAGGUGGACUUUGCUUUUCUGGUAUGGCAGAGCUUCCCCGAGCGGAUGGUGGGCUUUCUGACGUGGAACCACUUCUGGGAUGAGGCCCAGGGUGGCUGGGGCUACACUGCUGAGAGGGCCAACGAGUUCUCCAUGGUUCUCACGUCAGCUGCCUUCUACCACAGGUAUUACCACACCCUCUUCACCCACUCCCUGCCCAAGGCUCUGAGAACCCUGGCCGAUGAAACACCCACCUGUGUGGACAUCCUGAUGAACUUCCUGGUAGCAGCAGUCACCAAGCUGCCCCCUAUCAAGGUGCCCUAUGGGAAGCAGCAUUUUGAGGCCACACCUCCACUGGUGCCUGGGGGUCCGGAGCCACAGCCAACAGCCCGAGACUGCAUCAACCAGAUGGCUGCAGGUUUCGGCUACAUGCCCCUGGUUUCCUCUCGCCUGCGUCUGGACCCAGUGCUUUUCAAGGACCCGGUGUCCGUGCUGCGCAAGAAGUAUCGCAGCCUGGAGAAGCCCUAGGAGCGGUCAGAGGAGCCCCCAGCCCUGCUCCCACCGGGCGCCGCACCUGCUCAGGGCGGGGGAGGCGGUGCAUCAGCUCCCUCCCUUGGAACAACUGGAGACCCAAUCAAGGCAGCCAGUUAGCUAACACGUCAGAUCUCUCUUGGCCAAUCACAGCCCUAGCGUCCCAAGGCGCGGGGCCCCGCCCCACCCUCCAGCCCGGCUGCAAGUGGCAGCCCCAGGUGCCAGGCGCUUGCCCUGCUGCGGCGCCUCUGCCAUCGCUGACCCCUUGCCUGGAAUGCCUUUCUCGGCUUCUGCGGAACUGACUUCUACUUGUCUUUCAGAUCUUCGCCUUCUCCAUGGAUUUGACUGACCCCCAUCCCUGACCCGGAUCCUCUGAGCUUUCACAGCCUGGUGUUUCCCACACUGUUCGCGCGGCUUUGCAAGGUACACGGUCAGGCCCCAGGACUAGCCUGGGAGCCCCGGCCAUGUCCUCUUCUCUCUGGCUUGGCAAGUGUUACACCAAUAUUUGACGAACAGAUAAAAGAGACAUCAACUGCGUGCCUGGCCCUGUGCCGUAGUUGGGAGUAUGGACAGUGUGUUGAGUGAGACCAAACUCCGUCUCCCCCCCCCACCCCCCGCCCGCCCCUCCACCCGGCCCACGGGGUUCCCAGUCCGGCAGGAAGGCAGCUACCCGCAGACGCCUGUGUUGCCAGGCACGAUCUUCGCACCCCAGCAGUGGAGCAAAGAGGCGCUGAGAAGCUAGUUUCGGGGCUUUCUUCCCGACCUGGCGGAGCAUGGGGCCGGGGAGAAAGGGCCUGAGAACGCAGGAGGUCCGUCCCAACCGAGCCCGGGGGUGGCCGGGAGCAGUGGCACCCUCAGCUCAGGCCUGGCCGUGGCUUUGCACUACCAGCCACGACCACUAGAGGUCAGCGCCACACCGCGCUCCCUCUGGGAAAGGGCCCGGAGUUUUAUCGCCCCUUGGGUCAGGGGACGUUGAGAGUUGAUGCAGUGCAGCCCAGGAUCUGAAAACUAGGGGGAGGGGGGUGGGUUGAAUUUGAAAAAAGAGACCCACUCCUUUGGCCCACACACUCAGGACUGAGAAGGAGCCAUUUCUAGGUGGGCUGGGUGGGAGAUGGGAUUGUCCCGAGCACCCUGGACGUGACAGUGGAGUGGGGGAAGGGGCCCUGGUUUCUCCAGGGUUCAUCCACCUGGAACUGGACUUAUCACUUCCGAAAUAAAGCGCGUGUCCUUGCCCCCUCAUGCUCGGGCUAUAAAUACCCCUCCAGCAGCUGCGCGGGGGAGGGGGACUCAGGGCUAGCCUGGGACUGGGGCGACUGUAGAGAGGUGGGGGUGGUGGAUCCAGCCCAGGUCCAGGGUGUCAGGUGUUUUCCUGCUCUGAUGGCCUCACAGCUUUGGAAACUCUCGUGAUCAGCUCACCCUGGCCAGCGAGAACAUGCUGUCCAAGGCUUCCCACCCCCAUUCUCCAGUUUGACCUCUGGCCCUUGGAUGAUUCAGGUCCUCCCUGGAACCAGUCACAGCUGGGGUGCAGAGAGGGCUCUCCCUUGGGAGGCAUGGGGCUGCCAGAGUAUUGGGGGGGGUGCUGGGAGUUGAGGAGGGAAGGCAUUCUGGCCCAGGGUCAAGAACAGUUGAAGGUGGGUGAGGGAGCACACAGCUGUGGCCCAGGCAGCCUUCCCAGGGCAGGGAGGGCUCUGAGUGCCAGGCCCAGCCAAGGGAAAGAGGCAUCUUUCCCCUCCCCACUCACAGCUACAGCACCCAGACACUGAACUGGCUUGGCACAGCCUUACCCACGGAGGGCACUGCCAGGCCCAAGGGCUCACACUGUACCAACAUGCAGCCCAGAACAGGCUUUCAGCUCCUGCUGUAAAGGGAGGCCUGGGUGACUGAGGUAGAAACCCCAGAUCUGCUUUACACUGGCCAUGGGCCUUCAGGCAAGUGACUCCACCUCUCUAGCUUUGGUUUUCCUUCCCAUCUGUACAAGUGUAAUACCACAAAUACCCUCUCUUGAGAGGGCUGUAAGGAUUUGACACCCAGUAGAGGUCAAGAUCCAGGUUCCUGGGGCCUGCAGUGGCUGCAGGGGAGAGGGGGUUUGCUUCUCCAGAGAUUGGAGUAGAAUAGAACACAGCCAUCCGCAGUACCCCCCCCCCCCCACCACACUUCCGAGCCACAUGACUUCCCACGGAUUUUGAGGGGCUGAAGAACCUACUGACCUAGAUCACAGGUAAGCCCGGAUGGCCAUACUUGAAAGGCACAAAGAGGUUAUUUCACAGAGGGGAAGGAAGAGGUUCACGGGGGAAGGCGGGUGACCAACCCCUCCUCUUCCAGUCCUGAAUCCGGGCAGAGUCAAGAUCAAGUCAGUGCUGCCCCUGGGAAGCCCACCUGGCUCCCCGGCAAGUCAGCCUCAUGCUGCACCUUUCCAGCCUGAUGAUCAAAGUAACCACUCUUCAAGGAACACCAUGGGCUUAAAAGGCUUUGGCUCCAGUCCUGGCAACAACCCUGUGAUGUAGGUUCAUUCGUAGUCUCUUAUUCUCAGAUGAGACCCAAGGGCACUGGCUUGUAAAACCCAGGGCCACGAUAUGACUGGGUGUUCUGCCUUCCCUGGGAGACUGGGCACAGGUCUCCCCUCUUCGUCUCGGAAACACAAGCUGCCCCUGACUUGGGAGUCUGCAUACACCUCAGGAAGCCACCAUCUCCCAUCCGUUGUCGUCCAUGCUCAAGUUCUGAGCAGGGUAGGCUGGGCCAGCUUCAGAGCUGGCCCAGGGGCUGUGGGGCUGUUAGGGCAGGACCCAAGCUGAAGCCCCUGCUGGCCACCCCCCCCCCCUCCAGUGGCAAAGGCAUCAUUGUGUUGGCACACGUGCCCGAGCUGGAGGAAUAAGGAAAGAAGAAAGCAGCCAGGUCCCUACCUGGUCAGAAGCCUCCUCCCUCCAGGAAAGAGACACAUUUGGCUCACAGCUGAAGUGACGAAGGCACAGACAGGCCUCAGGUUCCCCCCGGUUUCCCCUUCUCAGGGGGGACAUGUGUAAGUGUGCGGG